CAACUUUAAAACUGACCUCAACUAAUUCGAUCAUCAUCAAGAUGAAGGGCCGGGAGUGAGUUGUCUGGGAGUGGGCCCAUCUCUCUGUGAGGUGACGGUCUUCAAGUUGCUCAUGUACACCUGGUCAUUACUUCAACUUGUUUUUUUUAAUUUGUUUACUGGGAAUAACACGGGUGCCAUGUUUUUAACCCGAUCGUUUAUUUUUGUUUGUCUGAGUUUUAAAGUAUUUGCGUCAGCUGAUGAAAUAGGUGGAGAUGCACUGUCUUGUUUCUCGGAGUUCCAGAAGUUUGAGACGGCGGGUUGUUUGCGGAGGGUAGACGAGGAUGAUGGGAGUUACAGUCAGGAGGCAGUGUCCGAUAUCAAGAACAUGGACUUCUGUGUGUCUAGCCCUACCUACGGUGCUGCUAAACAAGGAACUUUCGGGAAGUCAAAGACGUACGUGGCAAAAGCCGACCUCAAAAUGUUAGAUCUUGGGAAAUACUCCAAAAGCUACGGCUUCCUGGGAUUGGCAUUCAAUAUGAUCGACACCAAGAACUACGACAUUGCAUACGUCAGACCCCACGCUAAAGAUCACUGCUGGGAGAUCGGUUAUGUUGAGAAUGGGCUGCUGUUCGGAAGAGACUUUGGAGAGUGUCUGGUUCCAACUAAAAACGAGUUCAAUGUAGCCAUCAGCGUCGAGAAGGGCAAAGGAGAGCUGUACGUCAAUGGAGCCAAGGCUACAACCUUUCGUCCUUACUUCCCCGCGGUGAACAAGGUUGCUACAGCCAUGAGAAACAACAUGGAAGCCAAGAUGAGCGUUAGGAACCUGGAGGUUUGCCACGAAAUUAACUGUGUCUACCGAAAUGAUGAUGGAGAGACGAUAUCAGUGAAACCUUUAGGGGACUACCAGACUCCGGGGCAGGACGAGUGCAGUUCUUGCAAGUGUCAGCUCUACGGCCAGAUCAGAUGUGGGUGCAAAUCUGCUGAGGAACAAGGACUUUCUUGUUCGGGGGGUAUGGUACCAGCUACAGGUCGACAUGACUGCUGCGCUCGUUGCGUGCCUCCAUCUGCAACUUGUUCAGCCUCUGGAGAUCCACAUUACAGAUCGUUUGAUGGUCGCCCAUUCGACUUCAUGGGAUAUUGUACUUACUGUUUCGCUAAAACAAUAGAUUGGGAGGUCAGGGAGAAAAACUAUCGAGCAGGAAGUGUCUCUGUUCACGAGUAUUCUCAAAUCUUGUUUGAUGGUGAUCUGAUCGAGAUGAGGGGAGGACUCAGCCUGACCCCUGAUGGACAGGCCCCACGUGCUGUGGCUACUCCUUUUAAGAAAUACUCUAAAGCUGGAGACUACAUCUACUGCCCUACCGGUUCCAACUGCAAGAUUUAUAUCGAGGACCAAAAGAUGAUGGAGUUGACGUCCCAAAGAGGAUACAUUAGUCUUUGGAUCCACGGAACUUACUACGAGAAGACACAGUGUUUGUGCGGACUCUGGGACGGUAACGCUGGAAACGACUUCCAGGACAGGGAUGGAAACAAUGUAGGGAAUGCUAACUCGAUGGCAGAAGCUUGGAGGGUGUCCAAUAAUGACGGGUGUCCGAACCCGCCCACACCGCCAGAGCCUUGUGAUGAGGUGUCCAGGGAACAGAGGAACUUGGCGGAGCAGUAUUGUUCCAGAUACAAGCAGGAACCCUUCCGAUCCUGUCCUAUUGAUGUUACUGAGUACUUCAAGGGAUGUAUGUAUGAUGUGUGUACAGACCCCACUAACGAUGAUAACGUGUGUAAUAAUGCUGGUGCCUAUGCUGCCGCCUGUCAAGCUGCCGGAUACCCUGUUAUGGGAUGGAGGUCGAACAGUUUUUGUCCCUUGGACUGCGAAGAGAGUUUUGUUUACGACGACUGUGGCCGAGGAUGUUACCCGACCUGUGAAGACCCAAGUCCGGAGGAUUGCAAGGAUACUUGUGUUGAGGGAUGCUACUGUCCCCCAGGCACGGUGCUACAAGAUGGGAAGUGUAUAGAAUCUUCUGAUUGUCAGUGUCUCCACGAGGGUACCAUCAUUGAUAACGGGGACAGCUUUAACGACACAAUACAAUGUGAAACAUGCACGUGUCAGGAUGGAGGUAUAAUAGAAUGUAGCCCCCUGACCUGCCCCACCUGUCCGGAAGGUCACGUGCCAGUCAGCAAAUCAGGGAUCUGCUGUCCCGUGUGUCUGGCGGACUGGGUCUGGGAGACAGAGGAAGUGUUCGAGGUGACAGAGGGAGAGGGACCUGUUACACUGCAGUGUCAGCUACACGAGUGGGUUCUUGUGUCUCCAGAUGAUAUCACAUGGAAGAACGGAGACGGAAUCCUUACAGAGGAUAACAUACCGGACAACUUCCACUUCCAUAAAGACCACCUUACUCUGACCAUCAGGAAGCCGAUAAAACUAGCGGAUGCUAACGACUACGUUGCUGAAGUUAUGUACAAUGGAGUUGUAGGGGAGUGUAGAUUCGAGCUGAUCGUCAACCAGUUCACUGUGGAUAUUAUAGACAUUGAUGGGGAGUCCCCCAGAGUUGUAAAGGAAGGGGAUUGUCAGACUAUGUCUGUGAAAGUCGUCAACAGUGACUUCGAUCUUUCAUUUGAUGAUUUCGUGUGGACUAAAGGACUGACUGACAAAGAGAUAGAUUUCAACAGUGAGAAGUACACCAAGAAAAAUGGCGGGAAAACAAUCGAGGUUUGCGACGCAGAUGAUAUGGAUGAGGGAAUGUACACAUGUUGUGUAACUAAAGAGGAGGCUACUGAUUGUGCAGAGGUGGAGUUGAUGGUUCUGGCUAUCUGCCAAACUGACAACGAGGAACAGUACACUGAAGGAGAGGAGUGGAAGGAAGGAGAGUACCAGGAGUGCACGUGCACUCUACAAGGAGAGAUAGUUUGCACGUGCGCCGAGCAGGACAUCACGUGCGAGGAGGGAGAGGAGAUCUACUAUGAUGCGAGCUGUGAAAAACACUGUUCCAGAGAGCCGGGUACGUGUCAAGUAACAGGAGACCCUCAUUACAAGAGUUUCGAUGGAUACCGACACGACUUCCAAGGAGGAAACUGUCGCUUUACAUUGGUGAAAACAUCAGACUUCCAAGUGAUCGGAACAAAUGUUCACAGGAACGAUAACAAAGCUGUAGCUUGGAACGAUGCUGUCGAGAUAAUAUUCAAAACAAUGGACAUCUACAUGGGGCCAGAAGGAAAAGUGACAGUAAAUGAUGAAGAUGUGAACCUACCUUACAACAAAGCUUGGAGAACAGAAGAGUCAGUCUCAAUCACCAGAGCUGGAAGCAGCGUGGUGUUGUCGGUGGGACUAGGAAAUGGUCUGGAAGCUGUAACAGUGACCUGGGACGGUAACAGUACGGUCUCCUCCACUAUCCACGGCAAGUACUUCCAGGCCACUUCAGGACUCUGUGGUACUUGGGAUGAUGACAGUGAUAACGACCAGACCCGUAAAGAUGGACAAGUUGAGGACUCUCUCGACCAGUUCGGCUGGUCUUGGAAACACGUGGAGGGAGCGGAGGUUUGUGAAGAGGAGCCUGAACAUGAGCACCCCUGUGACGAUACUUUCUUCCCUCACGCUCAACCUAUCGCUGAUAAGGCUUGCGAUAUUCUCAAAAGCGCACCAUUCGACGCGUGUCACGAGGUUGUAGACCUAGAAGCCGCUCUACACAACUGUAAAUACGACACCUGCUCCUGUCUGGACGAGGCGUGUGGGUGCCAUGCUCUGAAACAGUUUGUUAAGGAGUGCCAGGAGGCUGGUGUCACCUCUCUCGCUGAUUGGAGGGACCACGCUUCGUACUGCCCACUACCUUGUGAAGAGCCUCUGAGCUACGACUCCUGCGGCAGCUACUGUCCAGCAACCUGUACCAACAAGACCCCUGACUGUGGCAAGCUGGAGGGGCAGUGUAACGAGGGCUGCUUCUGUCCUAAGGACACCUACCUUCAGAACGGUACUUGUGUCAUAGCUCAAGAGUGUCAAUGUGAAGCUAAUGGACAGUUUUAUGAAGUUGGUGCAGUGUGGGAAGACAAGAACACGUGCCAGGACUGCCAAUGCCAACAAGAAGGAGAGCUGUUGUGUAUCCCAGUCAGAUGUCCCAAGUGUAACAAGCAGCAGCAGGCUGUCUACGAGAACGAGGACGACUGCUGCCGUACCUGUAUCACAGAGUGGCUCUGGACAGAGCAGGCUGAGUAUGUAGACGUUCCCCAAUACACCGACCUUGAACUCCAAUGCCAUUCUGCCGUCAAACCGUUCAAGGUGGAUUGGUUCUACUCCGGAGAUAACGGGGAGAAUUGGGAAUUAAUUGAAAAGGAAGCCCUCAAGACUAGUCCUAAAUUGAAGUACACUCUUGUAGGCAUCACCGAGGAGAACGACGGUCUGUACAAGUGCGAGGCUAGGAAGAACUACAGGAAGAUGUCGGUGGUGAUCAGUGUCCAGACAGCGGAGAAAGCAACCUCCUGCUCAGCUAUUGCUCCUGAGAAUGGUAUGGUGUCCCCUGACGAGGUGGAGAUAGGAGGCACUGUUAGUUAUCUUUGUGAUGAUGACUAUCUCAUGUCAGGAGAGCCGACAGGGACGUGUCAGCAGGACGGAACAAUAGACCAGCUUCCUGACUGUACUACAAUCCAGCUAGUAGACUUCAGGACCCCUCAAACUGCAGUGAGGAAAGGAAAAGUUAACCUGAUGUGUCAAACAGAGGAUACUUCCUUCACACAGGCCUCAGACAUCAAGUUCUUCUUCGUUAACGACGAUGAUUCUCAAGAGCUUAUAUCAGAUGCUCCCAAGUACAAGAAGAAGUCUGGCACUAUCUCAUUCUACGUGAACGGCGUUAAAACAGGUGGCAAACCAACCAAGGUCCUCUGCAGAGGCAAGAACGCUGCAGGAACUAAGAUAGGAGAAGCGACCAUAUCUAUAGUAGGAUAGAGAUCUCAGGAGGAACUGAUACAGAUUGAUAUGUUUUAGACUAUUUUCAAAACUACAAUUCAAUACUUUAUUGAGGACGUUAUAAAAUGAAUUGAUUUAAUGUAGUCUGAGGAGUCCUGAUCCUCCUCGUGUCCUAAGAUGGCAUUUUUCUUGUCUCCUAUCAUAUUCUGUAUUUCAUUCGAAUCGCAUUCAAUAA